AAGAAGACCGUUUCUGCUUGAAUUAAAAGACAGUAUUGAAUCUCUGUUUUCCUUAUAAGAAGCAAAGCUGCCUAUAUCAAUAUUCCAGGAAGAAACUACAGAGGAAUAACAAGGUUUUUGGUUGCCAGGUUUUUUUCUUGUUUCAUUUUGCUUAUUAGUCUAUGAAGAUUACAAAAGAACGAAGUUGUUUUUCUGGUUUUCAGUAGUUUUGAAGGUGUUUCAUUCACUGAAUAAACUUUUUAGACUUGAUAUGGGACUUCAUUAUGACAAUUCUUGAAAGACUAUAGAUUUUUUAGUUUGACUUCCAUUUUUUUUUCCAAAUACAAAGAUGUUUUCCUGUCAGAGCUUAUUACUGUAACAAUAUUGCAGUAUUAUUUCUGGAUUUAAAAGAAAUACAGUGUUCAUAUCACUUCAUGAGAUACCAUUAAGGAAUGUGGAGCAAGUUUUAUAUUUUAGCAUUGUGUAACUUAGUUUUGAUUUUGAAUCUUUAAGCCACACACACACCUAUAGAACCAGUUUUAUAUUAUAAAUCCAGAUGUGAAAGAUGUCUUGGAAGAGAAAUUAUUUUUCUGUGGGACAGGGUGGUGUGCAAGGCAUGUUUACUCCACGAAAUACAACAUCUAUAGCACCAAGUAAAGGUCUCAGCAAUGAGCCAGGACAAAAUAGCUGCUUCCUGAAUAGUGCAUUACAGGUACUCUGGCAUCUUGAUAUUUUUCGACGCAGUUUUCGACAGCUUACAACACACAGAUGCAUGGGAGAUUCCUGUAUAUUUUGUGCUCUCAAAGGUAUCUUUAACCAGUUCCAGUGCAGCAACGACAAAGUGUUACCUUCUGAUGCUCUUCGUAGUGCUCUUGCAAAGACCUUUCAAGAUGAGCAGCGUUUCCAGCUGGGCAUUAUGGAUGAUGCUGCAGAAUGCUUUGAGAACAUCUUAAUGAGGAUUCACUUCCACAUUGCAGAUGAAUCUAAAGAAGAUAUCUGCACUGCCCCACACUGCAUUUCACAUCAGAAAUUUGCAAUGACCUUGUUUGAACAGUGUGUCUGUACCAGGUGUGGUGCUACUUCUGACCCAUUGCCCUUCAUCCAGAUGGUGCAUUAUAUCUCAACUACUUCCCUCUGCAAUCAGGCCAUUUGUAUGCUGGAAAGACGAGACAAACCCACUCCUGAUAUGUUUGGAGAGCUGCUACAAAAUGCCAGCACAAUGGGAGACAUGAGAAACUGUCCGAGCAACUGUGGAGAAAAAAUUCGGAUACGUCGUGUAUUGAUGAACUCUCCACAGAUCAUCACCAUAGGGCUGGUCUGGGACUCGGAUCACUCGGAUUUGGCAGAGGAUGUCAUUCAUAGCCUGGGCACUUGCCUCAAACUGGGUGAUCUGUUCUUCAGAGUAACUGACGACAGAGCAAAACAAUGUGAAUUGUAUUUGGUUGGAAUGAUCUGCUACUAUGGAAAACAUUACUCCACCUUUUUCUUUCAAACAAAGAUUCGUAUGUGGAUGUAUUUUGAUGAUGCCCAUGUUAAAGAGAUAGGCCCCAAAUGGAAAGAUGUUGUUACAAAGUGCAUUAAGGGUCAUUAUCAACCCUUGCUACUCCUUUAUGCAGACCCAAGAGGAACUCCAGUAUCAACCCAGAAUCUAUCCACACAGGAUUUAUCCCAGUAUAGCAGAACUUAUUAUGAUAGUGAAGAUUCAGGACGUGAACCUUCUAUCUCAAGUGACACUAGGACAGACUCUUCUACAGACAGCUAUCUGCAGAAACAUUCCCACCAUGAAUCUAUGGUCAGCCACUUUUCUUCUGAUUCUCAAGGAACUAUCAUUUAUAAUAUGGAAAAUGAUGUGGUUUCACAAAGCAGCAGGGACACAGGUCACCUGACUGAUAGUGAAUGUAAUCAGAGACAUACUUCCAAAAAGAGCUCUCUGGCCGACCGUAAAAGAAAUAACAGGUCUAGAAAGAAGGGGGAUGAAGCACAGUCAUCUGGAUAUCACAGUGAAGGGGAGACACUGAAGGAGAAACAGGCCCCCAGAACUGCCUCUAAAAUGUUGAGUGGUACCAGCAAAUUAAGGGAAUUUAAAGAAACAGUUAGCAACAUGAUCCACAGCAGACCAUCACAGACAAGCCAAGGCUCCCCUCGUGGGAAGAAUCAGACUGAAAUCCAGUCACUACCCAGAACUUUGGCAAUUCAGUCUCGAGACUGGGAAAUAGAGAGCAACAGUAGUGAAUCAAAGUCAUGUUCUUCUAGCAAGUACCGUCCAUCUUGGAGACCCAAACGAGAUUCACUAAAUAUAGAUAGCAUCUUCAAUAAAGAAAAGAGAAAACAAAGUGGCUAUACACAACUCAGCCCCUUCUCAGAAGAUGCAGCCAAAGAAUUUAUAGAAGAUGAGCUAAAGGAGCCAGCGUGUGAAACAAGACCAAGCCGGUCCAACAGGUAUAAGCAAUGGGCUUUAGGACGAGGCGCACAUCAUAUGAUGGAUCAGCAUCCUCGUCUGAUCCAAAGGAUGGAAUCUGGGUAUGAAAGCAGUGAUCGCAAUAGCAACAGUCCAGUCAGUCUGGAUAUGCCUUUAUCAGAGAGCUCAAAUACCUCUAGGGAUUAUCAUAUAAAACGAACUGGAGAUGUUAUUCCUGCCUGGCAUAAUAUUCCAAAAUCACAUAGCAGUAGCAUCUUGGAAUCUGCCUCAUCUGUAGCCUGCAGGACAAAAACUAAAUAUUGCUUUGAUAAUGGUGGGGAGAUACUUGUUUCUUCCAAGAGUGAACUAGAUGAAUUACAAGAAGAAGUAGCAAGAAGGGCCCAGGAGCAAGACUUCCAAAGGAAGCAGGAAAAGGAACUAGAGGCAGCAGUGGGCUUUAAUCCUCGCCCAAGCCGAUUCAUGGAUCUGGAUGAACUGCAAAAUCAGGGGAGGACGGGUGGCUUUGAGAGGCCCAUGCAAGAGGCAGAUUCGGUCUUUCAAGAGUCACUGCAUCAAGAGCAGAAGGGAGAUUGUGCUGCAGCUUUGGCUCUCUGUAACGAAGCUAUAUCUAAACUAAGACUUGCCAUGCAUGAUGCCAGCUCUAGCACUCAGAGCAGAGCUCUAGUCGAUAAGAAGCUGCAAAUCUAUGUCCGAAAAGAACGGAGCCUCCGGGAUCGCAUGCAGCAGCAACAGCCUGUACAACUGCCGCCCACCUGCCACCCACCACCGGGGGGCAACAUGACACAAUCUACAAGUAAACAGACGGUCCCACUCCAAGUACUGCUGAGACAGAAGAUAGUGCUGGAACCCAGCAAAGAAGCAGAACCUGGGUCCAGUUCCUACAUCCAUCCACUUGCUUCCCAUCCCGAAAAGCAAUCAUCUUAUUCCAAGUCCCUCCUUCAACCCCUUCCUGAGAACAGUCUGAACUUUCAAACUGCUUCUGUUACUUUCAGUGAUCAAGCUACCUCUUUUCCUUAUAGACAAGCUGUUAGUGACCAAUCCAUUCAGACUAAGAAUGAAAUCAAUGGUGAUCUGAAACUUGCUUCUCCUAUUACCUUAAAAGAUUACAAGGAUCACAACAGUAACAUUAAGGCCAAGAAAUUACAUAAUGUAGCAACUCCUCUCACCCACUACUGCAAAAUGAAUUUAAACGUAACAAACUCCGAAUCAUCACCUACACUCUUCCCCUCUUCCCUGCCAUUAGAAGUAGCACCUGGCAAGAACGGCCUAUGUAAUCCGCUCUUCAGUUCAGGGAAUAUUUCAGAAUGGCCGCCUGCUGCUCCGCAUGGGGACUGUAAUGGGGCGACCCUGCCUUCGCUUUCCCCUCUGCCUCACCGUUCUCCAGAAGCAUCACCGCCUACUGUGCAACUCAAGGUAAACAGCCAUGAGAGCGUACAUCACCCACAAGAAGAAUGUGUCAAUGGGGACUCUUUGAAAUCUGAGGGCGUAAGUGGCCAAAGGCACAUUCUUUCCACUGCAGAACAGUUUCAGCGCCUGGAGGGAGAUUUCCAAAGACAAGGCAUUUAUGAGGAAAAAAGGAAGGCAGCUACCUAUCAUGAUCAAAAUGCUCCAAAGUUACAGCAGGAAUCCUACAGCAAUCCUUUUUUCCUCAAGCUGUCAGAUAUUGGAAGGCAGGAGAAUGGAACCUCACCUGCUGAAAAGUUGGACUCAUGUCUUUCUAAAAUUGAGUUGAGUACUGAAGAUGGCUUUAGUGCUUCCAAUAUCAUUUCUAAGAGUUGUGAUUCACAUAAAAAAAUCCUCUGCAGCAAAGGGAAACAAUGUACCUUGAAUCCCAAGUUAUAUCCAAGAAGAUGCACCUGUGAGGAAGAAAUAAGACACACCAAUUAUAGAAAUCCUGCUGGCUCGGUUGCAUCUGUGCCUGUGGACAGCUGCACAGACCAGGUUAAAAAGUAUUGUAGUACUCAGCAUAAGAGUGCCAGCUGGCUUUUGAUGCCUGGAAACACAUCACCUGUAAUCAGUCAGAUAGCUUUUGGGGAAGAGCCAGCGCAGAAUCAAGAAACGGUGCAGGAGAUUUCUGAGCUGGAGUCUCUGUAUCAGGCUAGCAUACAAGCACCACAGACAAGUAAAUCUCUGUUGGGAAAACUGGACAAUUCCAAACCAGUGUUGGACAAAACAGCAAACUUGCCUACAAGAAAGACGCACAGGGGUCUCUCAAGAACAGCAGAGCCUGAACACAACAUCUGUGGAAAUAUUGGUUCUCCAGAUCCUAAGCCUAUAACACAUGUGCCCUGUGCGAGAAAACCUGGCACGGAGCCAGAAGAGGAACCCUACAGCGCAGAGAACUUGCGUCGCAUUGCACGUAGUCUCAGUGGGACAGCCAUCACAGGCAAAGAAGGGAAGCUUGUUUCUUCUCAGAAUUUUGAAGUGUCCAGUGAGAGGAAAAUGUCAGCGGAAUCCAGGCACCGUUCCUCCAGCACUACCUCCCUUCCUUUCCCUCCCAACCCACCUCCAGUGCUACCCUCCUACCCACAACACUCUUCACCCCGCCUGCAACACUUCUCCCGUGAUGCUCCAGUGACUGGUAUGGUGGGCAAGAUGCAUAGACAAUCAGGAAAUCAGAAGAACAGCCAAAAUUGUCUAGCUGUGCCUGACAGGAGUGCAGCUUUCCAAACAGAAGACAACCUGUGUGGGCCACUGAGUUACCGGAGCCUCAUUUACCAACAGGACCUGUCUUCUGAAGGGCAAAACUCUCUUAAUACAUUUUUAGACAGUGGAACAUCAAACACUUCCAACCACUGGCUACCGAGAAGUCAUACUGACCAAGAGAUAGCAGCAUUAUCAGAUAGAGAAACCACACAUUGGGAAUAUACUACACAGAUGAACAAGGGCUCACAACAGCAUUCACCCCAGCGGCCACUCCCUCGAGGAGAGGAUGAGGCUGGUGGUCUUGCUUGGAGGCGAACCCUUGGCAGGGGUUCCAGCACAGCAUCACACGGGACUUCAAGAUGCAAAGGCUUUCAGAAUUGCUUUCUGACUUCCCAGCAAGCAAAGGUCCGAGGCCCAAGAAGAGUAGAUAUGCCUCCAGAUGAAGACUGGCGGCAGCACACCUUUGCUCCACAGCCUGCACCUAGGAGAAUGUUGCCAGGGCACACGACGGACGGAGCUCCUUCAUCCGCUUUGGACAUCCCCUGUACAACACUAACCCGUGCAGCUGUUGCCUCCAUGCACACACACAACUGGUGAGAUGUCACCCUUCUGUUUGGUUGUUCCUUUUUGAAAUAGGCUCUUAUCUAAAUUGAAGAUGCUGAAAUUCAGUUGAAAAUAAGAUAACAAGAUCUUUUUCAGCCAGUUGUUGCCAGUUUUGUCUUUAAAGUAGUUAUAUGAUUGCCAGAAACUUACUGCACUUUAUUUCUGUGUAUGUACUGCUGUUUAUAAGAAUCUUUUCAGCAAUUCCGUUCAUACCCUUUCGGAAAUAGUUUAAGGCUCACUUGCAGUAUGAGGGAGGGCAAGAUUUGCAUUUGGACUAAAAAUGAAAUCCUCUGAUGUUUUUUUAUAGGCUGUAUUUGGUGAAUUAAUGUAUCAUGAUGUUAAGUAGCACUAGAAAACCUAUGUGCCAACUUACAAUUCCAUGUUAUGUUCUUCUGCUCCAUUACAUGCUGGGGGAAGAUUUUAUGAUCUUUCUACAGAACUAGCAAAGCUUAUACUUUAAUAAGGCACUUUGUGCUGAGAUAUAGGCACAGAUAACUACUGUAGCAGCUAUUGAGGGAGCGGUAAGAAGGCAUAGCACCAGUCCAUCUCCCAUUUUUUUCAAAGUAGACCGAAGUGUUUGAAGUAGCACGUUUAAUAUACACAGAAUCACUGUAACUAUUUUAGGCUCUGACAUACUUGCCUUUGUAAGUU